AUGACAAGGCCGGUGGUCACAAGGUUCGCGCCAUCGCCGACAGGAUUCGGUGCAGAUUUUAAGAAUGUCCAGCAUGAUUCUGCGGAUUCUGUUGUGAUAGGGGGCGAGGCAGCAGCGAUGGCACGUGCGAGCGAGAGGCAUGAUGAGGGCGCAGUCAACGCGAUCAUUCAAGGAAUGGACUGGUUGGGGUGCAAGCACGAUGGAGACAUCAUUCGUCAGAGCACACGCAAGGCCAGGCACAAGGAGGUGGCUGAGUCGAUGAUACAGAAUGGGAGAGCAUACAAGUGUUACUGCUCUAAAGAGGAACUCGAUGCCCUCAGAGCAGAAGCUGAGGCGAAGAAGGAGCCGUUUCGAUACCCCGGGACUUACAGACCGGAAAACCUUCCUCCUGACUUCAAGCCUCCAGAGGGGGUUGAGCCCGUCGUCAGGAUUCGUACGGACGAGGACGGGACGACGGGAUGGGACGAUCUCGUGCAGGGUCGGAUAGACUUCCCGAACAAGGACGUGGACGAUUUCAUCAUCCUGCGUGCAGACGGGAGCCCUACCUACCUCCUGGCGGUUGUGGUGGACGACCAUGACAUGGAGAUCUCGCACGUGAUCCGAGGGUCCGAUCACAUCUCCAACACUCCUCGUCAGCUGCAGAUCUACAAGGCUUGCGGUUGGGAGCCUCCUCAGUUCGGUCACAUCCCCCUCAUCCAUGGCCCCGACGGCCAGAAGCUUUCCAAGCGUCAUGGGGCCACGGGAGUGGAGCAGUACGAGGCGCUCGGGUACCUCCCUGAGGCCAUGAGGAACUACCUUGCUAGGCUGAGCUGGUCGCACGGGAACGACGAGAUCUUCACGACGGAGCAAGCGAUCGAGUGGUUCACGCUGGAUGGUUGCUCCAAGAGCCCCUCUUGCUUCGACUUUGACAAGCUCAACGAUCUCAACGCACACUACAUCAAGGAGUGCGACAAGAAGCGGCUGCUCGACAUCGCCUGCAAGCUUUACCCCGAGCUCGUGCCGUUUGCGGAGAAGCUGGACAUGGCGGUUGACAUGUUGAAGCCCCGCGCCAAGACGAUCAAGGAAUACCGCGAGGCCGCUUCCUUCAUCUGGUCUCCUCGCCCGCUCGAGAUGGAGGAGAAGGCAGCUAAGAACGUCAACUCGGACGCUGCGAAGCAGCUGUUGAAGGAUGUGAUCGAUGCUAUCAAGGAGUACAAGGCGGAAUGGAACGCAGCAGAGCUCGAGACUAUGCUUGUUGCCUUUACUCAGGCAAAGAAUCUCAAGCUCGGACAGGUCGCACAGCCCCUUCGCUCCUGCCUGACAGGAUCGACGGCGUCCCCGGGCAUCUACGAAGUGAUGUGGGUGAUCGGGAAGGAGGAGUGCAUCGGUAGGAUCGAGGAUGCCCUCGCAGGAAAGAACAGCGUCAAGGCAGCCCCUGUCAGCGCCCCUGCGGCUCCUAAGGAGGAGAAGAAGGAGAAGAAGGGAGGAGCCGCUCCGGCUCCUGCUGCCGAUCAGCCAGAGUUCACCAAGCUCGAGAUCAAAGUCGGUCUGCUGACCAAGACAUGGCCUCAUCCUGACUCUGACAAGCUGUUCUGCGAAGAAAUCGACGUCGGAGAGAAAGAGCCAAGAAGUGUGGCCUCUGGCUUGCGUGCCUUCUACUCCGAGGCAGAGUUCUGUGCUGGGCGCAAAGUUCUUGUUGUCACGAACCUCAAGCCAGCGAAGAUGGCUGGUUUCGAAUCUGCGGGGAUGGUGCUCGCAGCCUCCAACGAUGAUCACAGCAAGGUGGAGCUGCUUGAGGUCCCUGAGGGAGCCCAGGUUGGCGAGAGAGUGUUCAUCGAGGGCCUGACCGGGGAGCCAUUCCAACCGAAUCAGGUGAACAAGAAGAACGUUCUCAAGAACGUCCUUCCAGAUCUCAAGAUGAACGCCGACAAGAAGCUGUGCUGGCAGGACAAGAUUGUGCUCACAUCGGCUGGUCCCAUCACGGUCCCCACGAUGGCAAACUGCCCUGUGGGAUGA